AUGGUAGUAUUCCAGUAUGGCUCAAUUGUCUUGUUUAAUGUUCAUGAUCAUGAGGUUGAUGGGUAUCUGAAAAUUGUAGAAAGAUGUGCUUCAGGAUUGCUCCCUGAGAUGAGAAGAGAUGCUGAAUAUGCUUCUCCUCCUUCAUCAGUUGCUGACUGUGCUGCUCUAGUGUCCGAUAUAUUGUCCCUUCUAAUCUGGGUGUCUCCUGUUUUUGUCCUCAAACUUGAUGGCAAUGUUCUUGGUCAAAGUAUUGCGCUUGAUUACUAUGUACGCCAGGUUGAUGGAAUGGUUGCAGAAUUUACUGACAUUAAUCGCGGAAUGGAAAAAACUGGAACCUUUACGAUGGAAAGGAAAAAACUGUUCCAGUUAGUGGGGAAGGCAAAUUCUAAUCUGGCCGAUGUGAUUCUGAAACUUGGACUUUUUGAAAGAUCAGACAUUGCCUGGAAAGAUGCUAAAUAUGCCCAGAUCUGGGAAUAUCUCAGGGAUGAGUUUGAAUUAACGCAGAGAUUUGCAAGUCUCGAUUUUAAGUUGAAGUUUGUGGAGGUAGAGUAUUCUGUUUGCUGGGGAGAACCUUCAGUUUCAUACUUAACUAAAUUGGAGUAGAGCUUUUAAAUUCUAAAGGAUCAUUGUGGUGACCUUUUGAUUUUUCAUUGCAGCAUAACAUUCGGUUUCUUCAGGAGAUUCUCCAGAAUAGGAAAUCAGACUUUUUGGAAUGGCUCAUUAUAAUACUGAUAGGUGCUGAAAUACUCAUAUCUGUUUAUGAUAUUGCCCAUAAGUCCUCAAUUACUUCUCUGUAGCACUAGCUUCCAAUAUAUUGAAAUUUGGACCAAGUUCAGUUCUAAUUUCAUGCCUGAGUUUAAUUUAUUUUGUGCUACCGAUUACACAAAUUCUUUUUGGUCCUAG